AUUUAGAGAAGCCAAUUCACCGACAACCCUGACAACUGUUUUUGCUUAUUUUCUGCCAAGCGCGAAAAUGUGAAUUUCGCAAAUAAUUUAAAUUGUUCAAAAACCAGCGCAAACCAUAAAAAUCCUAUAGAUUUAGGUCAAAUUAAAAGAGCUGGACAGGAGGUGAACGCAAAAGGGACAUCCUUGUGUAACGCGUGCCCCGAAGAACUGCGCAGUAAAAAUCAAUAACUGUAAGUGGCACGCAUCGUCGGUACAUAAAUGUAAAACGCCCAAACAAAAGGCAACGAAGGAAGAUGUCCGACGAUGAGGAGGAUUCCGUGUCCGAGGGCUUCUCGGCCAGCGAAGACGAGUGGAAGCCGAGCAAGGACGCGAAGGGAGGCGAGUCGUCCGACGACGACGACAGCGACUUCGAUGAGCUACAGGCGGAGGGUGGAGCAGCUGGCUCGAGUGGGCGAUCCUCGGCUACUGCAGGCAGAAGGGGCAACGACCACAAGCCUCCCAGCGGCAUAAAGGGCUCCUCGGUGAAAAAACGCAAGCCUACGGGCCAGUCACUCCGCUCAAAGCUGUACAACAAGUACCGCCCGCCCCCAAAGACCUUUACCACUUCUCCAUCGCAGCAGCAGGAGAACUCGCCCCGGGCUUCUGGUUCAAAAAACGCCAGAACGCCCAAUGAAAGCGGUGCACGGGAUCAGCACGAUCAUGCUGAUUCCAGCAGCGAAUCCAGUGUGGAAGACUACCUGGUGAAUCCCUCUGAACUUGAUCUGCAGUCCAGCUUCUUUGUCGGUGGCCAGAAGGAAAAGUCGCCGGCGCCCCAGUUCGAUUGCAACGCGGGAAUUACGAAUCUCUCGGACUCCGGCUCUGGAUCGGAGGACAACAACGAGAGCAGCUUCGAGGACAAGGCAGGCAACGCUUUCGACUUUCGCGGUCUCCUGGAGAACGCGAAGCUUGAGCGCACACGGGAUGCCCUCAGCAAGCGGAAUGUCACGGCCACUCCACCGCGAAGCCAGGCUGCCACCACGGAUGUCAAUGCGCUGCUUGCAUUGGGCGAGAACCAGAACUACCAGAGCGUAGUGGUUGAGGAACAGGAGGGGAACCAGCGGAGGAAACCAGGAAGGGGUGCAGAAGCAACGGCAGUGCCGCCAAGCCUGGAUGAGCCGUCGCGCCUGAGCAAAACCAAGUCGACGAGGAUCAAACGUCACACCAAGACCCGACCCGUGUCUACUGUGGUCGCCACUGCCGGCGACACCGAUGAUUCCGAUUUUGAGGAAGUGGCAGAUGCGGCUCUUUCCAGCGAAGAGGACGACGGCGGAACGCCAAACAUCUCCGGCGACCUCGAGAUCCACGUGGGCCUCCAGGGACUCCGUCCCACCAAGGAGCAAAAGACCCAACACGAACUAGAAAUGGCGCUUAAGCGCCGCCUCAAUCGGGACAUCAAGGAUCGCCAGCUGCUGCUGCACAAGGUCAGUCUGAUGUGCCAGAUAGCCCGUAGCUUGAAUUACAACCGCCUGCUGGGCGAGUCGGAUGCCCUGAUGCAGGCUGCCCUGAAACUCCUGCCCAGUCGAAACGCAUAUCCCACGGAACGGGGCACGGAACUUAAGUAUCUGCAGUCGUUUGUCACCUGGUUUAAGACGGCUAUCAAGCUGAUCAGUCCCAAUUUAUAUUCCGAGCAAUCGGCGGCCAGCAAGAAGUCAAUUUUGGCGUCUUUGCUAGAGCAGAUCAAGCGCAAGGAAGCCCGCUGCAAGCAGGAUAUGGUAUUCAUAUUUAUUGUUCUUGCGCGGGGAAUGGGAAUGAACUGUCGGCUUAUUGUGAAUCUUCAGCCAAUGCCACUGCGUCCGUCGGCAAGCGACCUUAUUCCAAUUAAACUUAAGCCGGACGAAAAGAACAAAAGCCAAACAUUGGAUUCCGAAGAAGAGAGCGAGGAUAAUGAGCACAAAAAACAUAAAAAGCCGUCUAAGCCAGCAAAUUCAAAGAAGGAAAGUGGUAGUAAUAAGUCAACUGCUUCCAAAGAGGCUGACAAGAAGAGCAUUGAGAAAGUUGCGAAGAAAGAGAGCACUAAAACUGCCAGUAAAUCAUCUUCCAGUUCCAAACCCAUUAAGGAAAAUUUAGAAACAGUCAAAUCAAGUGCAGGUAAAGUGGAUAAAAAAGCUUCUAAACCAUUAAGUCUCUCCUCCAAACUGGUUGAAAAAUCCAAGCAUCAACCAUCCCAUAGUUCCAGCAAGUCGGACACUUCUUUCGAGGAAAAGCCCACUUCCUCUUCCCUCUCCAAAUCCUCAAGAAGUGGUACAGAAACUAUCAAAUCAAGUGCAGUCAAAAAAGAGGAUAAGAAGGAUGUAAAGCCGAGCCUUUCCUCCAAAUUGGGUGAGAAAUCUAAACGUCAAGCAUCCCAAAGUUACAGCAAGUCCGAUACAUCUUUUGAAGAAAAACCAAGCACCUCGAAGACAGCUGUUAAAAGUUCUCCAACUCUACAGAAAGCUAAACCAGGUUCGACCCUGUUAAAAAGGGUCACCACUCAAAACAUUGCUGAAUCAGGCGAUGGCAAGAAAGCCAGGAUAGCUCCUUUAGAUAUCUUUUCGCCAGUGGCUGGGCGUACACGUAGAGCUGUGGUAAAACCCAAAAUCGAAGAUAUGCCGCAGACAAUUGGAUCUCCAGUCCUGCCCAAACUGGUGCUGUCCAAGGUGAAGCAAUUGAAUGCCAAGCACAGUGAUGCGGAGAACGCUAGUCCAACCGAGAAGCAUUCCCAGGAACAGCACAGUACUCGGAUAACUCGAUCGCGCAGCAAAUCGCCAAAGGUCCAUAUCUCGCCCACUUUUCUUGGGGGCAAGGCUGUUACAGUGGAACCCAAUCCACAGCCGCCACAAAAAAGCCAAAAGGUCCCAGAAACCAAGGUCCGAAUAUCACCUAGUUUUCUAACCGAAACUAUGCCAAGUCGGCAACUCCGGACUCGAGGUCAAAAGUCUAGUAAUCUGGCCAUUCCCCAACUGGAUGGCGGCGACGAUGUUCCGCUGCCCAAAAAGCGUUUGAAGCUAGAGAAGCUGCACACCUCGCAGGACUCUGACGAGGUUUUUGAGUCCGCUAAGCCAGUGAAAAAGGCCCCAGUCCUGCCCAAGUCAGUGCAAAACCUGCGCAAAGAUCGGCGGGUGAUGUCCACAGAUGACGAGGGCGGUUCAAGGGUCAAGCGUCGGACAGACGCCUCCGAUAUGUGGGUGGAAGUGUGGUCCGAGGUGGAGGAGCAGUGGAUCUGCAUAGACCUGUUCAAGGGCAAGCUCCACUGCGUGGACACUAUAAGGAAAAAUGCCACCCCCGGAUUGGCCUACGUUUUUGCCUUUCAGGACGAUCAGAGCAUCAAGGAUGUGACCGCCCGUUACUGCGCCAGUUGGAGUACCACCGUGCGCAAGUCGCGAGUGGAAAAAGCCUGGUUGGACGAAGCCAUCACGCCUUAUUUGGGACGUCGCACCAAACGCGACAUUACUGAGGAUGAGCAACUGCGUCGCAUCCAUUCCGACAAACCCCUGCCGAAGUCUAUUUCCGAGUUCAAGGACCACCCGCUAUACGUGCUCGAACGGCACCUGCUCAAGUUCCAGGGCCUAUACCCACCGGAUGCGCCCACCCUGGGCUUCAUCCGUGGGGAAGCUGUGUACUCCAGGGACUGCGUUCAUCUCCUGCACUCGCGUGAAAUUUGGUUAAAGAGUGCUCGUGUUGUGAAGCUGGGCGAGCAGCCGUACAAGGUGGUCAAAGCGCGUCCCAAGUGGGACAAGCUGACUCGCUCCGUCAUCAAGGACCAGCCUUUGGAGAUCUUUGGCUACUGGCAAACGCAGGAAUACGAACCACCCACUGCAGAGAAUGGAAUCGUGCCUCGUAAUGCCUAUGGAAACGUGGAGCUCUUUAAGGCCUGCAUGCUGCCCAAAAAGACAGUGCAUUUGAGAUUGCCUGGUUUAAUGCGCGUUUGCAAGAAGCUAAACAUUGAUUGUGCCAAUGCGGUGAUUGGCUUCGAUUUUCAUCAGGGCGCUUGUCAUCCCAUGUACGACGGCUUCAUUGUUUGCGAGGAGUUCCGCGAAGUGGUCGAAGCUGCCUGGGAAGAGGACCAGCAGGAGCAGGCGCGCAAGGAGCAGGAGAAGUACGAGACUCGUGUUUACGGGAACUGGAAAAAAUUAAUCAAGGGUGUCCUAAUACGCGAGCGUCUCAAGAAAAAAUACAACUUCUAAAUAUCUGUUCCUUUGAUUUGUUCUAUAUUGCUUUGUUUAAAUUUGUCUUGAUUUUUUUUGUGCUUGAAAAAUAUUAUGAUUCCAAUAAAUUGUCCACUUGUGAUUAUUUCGAAUUA